CUCUACUCAGGAUAUCCUUUUGCCUUGUUCCAGCGCUAUUUCCUCUUCCAGAAGGAGACCUACCUCAUUCAUCUCUACAAUGUGUUCACAGGACUCUCAAUUGCUUACUUCAAUUUUGGGAUGCAGUUCUUUCAUUCCCUGUUAUGUGUGCUAAUCCAGUUCCUCAUACUGAGACUUAUGGGUCGCACAAUCACUGCCGUCUUCACCACGUUCUUCUUUCAGAUGACAUACCUUAUGGCUGGAUAUUACUUCACAGCCACAGAGCAUUAUGACAUCAAGUGGACAAUGCCACAUUGUGUCUUGACGCUCAAGUUGAUUGGUCUGGCCAUUGAUUACUAUGAUGGAGGAAAACAGCCGGAGUUCCUGACCCCUGAGCAGCGGCGAUUUGCUGUCCGGGGAGUUCCUACCUUGCUGGAGGUCUCAGGAUUCUCCUAUUUCUAUGGUGCCUUCAUGGUGGGGCCUCAGUUCUCCAUGACAGACUAUCAGAAACUGGCAAGGGGUGAGAUGACUGACGUUCAAGGCCAGAGACCCAAUAGUUUUGUGCCUGCUCUCAAGCGCCUGAGUUUGGGUCUCUUGUUUCUAGUAACCUAUACCUUGUCAAGCCUGUACGUCUCCGAUGAAUACCUCAUCUCAGAUGAUUAUAUGGAGAAGCCUUUCUGGUUCCGCUGUGGUUACAUAUUGAUCUGGGGCAAAAUUAUACUCUAUAAAUACGUAACCUGCUGGCUUGUUACGGAAGGUGUCUGCAUCCUUGUUGGUCUGGGGUACAAUGGGAAGGACCAAAGUGGAAAGCCUUUGUGGGAUGCCUGUGCCAACAUGAAGAUCUGGCUGUACGAGACAACACCUUUGUUCACAGGGACCAUUGCUUCUUUCAACAUCAACACCAACGCUUGGGUGGCCCGCUACAUCUUCAAGCGUCUGAAGUUCCUGGGUAACAAACUGCUGUCACAGGCGCUGGCCCUGUUCUUCCUGGCCGUUUGGCACGGGCUGCACUCUGGCUACCUGGUGUGCUUUCAGAUGGAGUUGCUUAUAGUCAUCGCUGAAAGACAGGUCAUAAACCUCGUUCGGGACAGUCCUCUCCUAAGCACUUUGGCCUCCAUCACUGCCUUGCAGCCCAUCUUCUACGUGCUGCUGCAGGUUAACCACUGGAUGUUUAUGGGUUACUCUCUGGUGCCAUUUUGCCUUUUCACCUGGGACAAAUGGAUGAAGGUGUACAGGUCUAUUUAUUUCCUCGGCCAUGUGUUGGUCUUCACCCUAUUAUUGGUGUUGCCUUACAUUCGCAGGUUAAUUGUGCCACGAAAAGAAAAACUAAAAAAAGCAGAAUAACAGCCAAAAGAUUGUACCACCUGUGCAUUCGUAGGAGUCGAUUUAACACUCCAGAAGCAACGCAUCACCUGCCAAGUUU